CUCGAUAGGAACUAGUGCACACGCGCGCACACACAUCAGUACAGAAACACACAUAUUGCGCGUUCCCGAGCGCGGCACGCGCAACAAGCGAACUCACGGAAAGAGAUAGCGCAAAUAGAAGAGACAGAACGACGGAUACUAGGCGAGGCCAUGAGCGGGAAACCUCUUGCUCAGUCGGUCGCCCAGAUGCGUUUUAAUUUUGACCAUUUCCUCAAAUGACUCCUGCCUACGCUAGUGCUAUCGCAUCGCAAGGACCACCUCGAGGACAUCGCCUCAAUUUGUCACGAAUUGUCAACGUCGAAUCUUCGUCGACGUUAUUUUUUCUUCCAUUAAGGGAUGUAAUUGAACGACACGGAACACAAUGACGAAUACUAAACGGGCUUAAUUCGGUUAACGAAAAACAACCACGGGGGCCGAAUCAGAUAUGAGGUAUGUCUGCUAAAAUAUUUCACAUCCCGCGAGCGUAAUUUUUUUUGCCCUCUCUCAAUCUAUCGGAAACUAUAGGCCUGUAUAUUCCCCGCAUCUUCCAUGGGCACGAAACCCAUGGGAGUGAUGGUUCUGACGUGACGCACGGCGCUACAGCACCACCGGGGGAAGCCAUCGAGCCCGGAGAGGACAGCGGGAGGAUGUUACAUGUCGAGUGUGUCGCGUGUCGUUAGGGGGAAGGACGCCCAGUUGUUGAAUGCCUAUGACUGAAUCUAUUGACCGACUUGACGUAGUUAGUGUCGCCCGAGCACCAGCCGCAUCCUCCCCUCCGUUGACUCGUUGAUUUCACGCCUCGAGAGCGAGGCGGUGCGGCCGGGGAGAGAGGUGGGCGAGCGGUUGGGGAAACUAUAGAGGCAGCGGGAGGGCGCGGACAUACAGACACGGGAUGCGGGAGACGCAGUGAGCGGCGAGGAGGAGGAGGAGGAGGAGGAGGAGGAGGAGGAGGAGGAGGUGGAGGAGGAGGAGGAGGAGGAGGAGGAGGAGGAGGAGGGAAACCAGAGGACUGACGGCUCAGCUGACCUGGUACCGAGACGUCGUGCUACAACCGACCCGGCAUGGCCAUGUGUGUGUGGUUCCUGGGGGUGUGUGUGCUCACCCUAGCCCAUGUGGCUCCCUCCAGCCAAGCCAUGUCCCGGGCGGCCAUGCCCUUUGGCUUGCUGCGCAGGGAGCUGGCGUGUGAGGGCUACCCCAUCGAGCUGCGCUGCCCCGGGAGCGACGUGGUCAUGGUGGAGACGGCCAACUACGGCCGCACGGACGACAAGAUCUGCGACGCCGACCCCUUCCAGAUGGAGAACACCCAGUGCUACCUCCCCGACGCGCUGAAGAUCAUGGCUCAGAGGUGUAACAACAGGACUCAGUGUGUAGUGGUAGCGGGGGUGGAUGUCUUCCCGGACCCCUGCCCUGGGACCUACAAAUACCUGGAGAUCCAGUAUGAGUGUGUCCCUUACAAUUCACCCCAAAGGAGUUGCUCUCUUUUCUCCACAGGGGCCUGCUAGAGAGGAGGAGAGAAGGAGGGAUGGAGGGAUGGAAAGAGGAGGAGGGAGGGGAUGGGGCAGCUGAACCUUUGCUCUUUUUCUGUUGCACUUUCUUCUUUCGUUUUAUAUAUACUACUAUGUGUGUGUAGAAAAUGAGUAUUUUUCUGUGCAAAUAUUUCUUUAUUUUCUUUCUAUCUGUCUUUCUAUCUUUCUUUCUCACUUUCUUUCCUUCUAUAUUUCUUUCUUUCUCUCUUUUCUUUUCUUUCCUUCAUCCUCUGACUUCUCUUUCUUUUUCUCCCUCUCUUUUUCCUAUGCUUGAGUAGAAGUGACCAAAAAGGUAAAGACAAUAAAUUGUAGCAUCUUGAAUUCUCUCUCUCUCUCUCUCUCUUUCUCUCUCGCUCUCUCUUUCCCUCUCCCUCUCUCUCUCUCUCUAUUUCUUUAUCCCGGUUUCCUCUUCCACCCUUCUCUCUCUCUCUCUCUUUCCUGCAUGUCUCUCUUCCUCCUACCCAGGACGUUGUUUGGUUCUCAUGCUGAUGUUGCCCCUGUUUUGUAAAUGUAUUCGUUUUCAUUUAUUUUUUCAUUUUCUAUUUUAACCCCCUUUUUGUAUUCGAUCCAUCCUCUCGGUGUGUAGAACGCCACCCUUCGUUUUGAUCCAGGUUCUUCACCUCCCUCCUAUGUCUCCUGAAGCUUUCCUGACUCUCUCUCUCUCUCUCUCUCUCUCUCCUGACUCUACCAUAACCUCGUUCCUCUCUCCUAAUUCUGCUGACACAUCCUUACAAGCCACUCCACCUCUCUCUCUUUCCUUCUCUCUAACUCAUCCUUCUCAUCCCUCCCUCUACGGUUUUCCUUCUUAAACACACCCCCACACACGCACCCCCCACACACACACGC